UAUACGCUACGGACGAUAGUCGUGUUGACAUGUGGUUUUACGCAGUUGCUAGUUACAUUUUUCUGAUCAGCAACGUUUUGUCUGAUGAAACCGAAUCACGUGUAAUAGUCACAGCUCAGGGUCCGGUGCGGGGCUUCAAGGAUCCUAAUGAAGAUAUAUUUGUAUAUUAUGGCAUUCCUUACGCCACAGCACCGACUGGUUCACAGAAAUUCAAGGCUCCGCUUCCGCCGAGUCAAUGGCCGGAGCCAUUUGAUGCAGUUGACUUAAAAGUGGUGUGCCCGCAACCAGAUACCUUCGGGUUACUUCCACAAAACAAACUAAUGAAAGAAGACUGCCUUAUUGCGAGUAUCUUUGUGCCCGAUACAGAUGAAAAAAAUCUACCAGUAGUAGUAUACGUUCAUGGUGGCGGAUUUAUACUUGGUUAUGGAAAUCUAAUUACUCCUAAAAAGCUUGUUAAUAGUAAACGAAUAAUUGCGGUAACAUUUAAUUAUAGACUCGGGCCGCACGGCUUUCUCUGUCUGGGCACUGAAGAUGCACCCGGUAAUGCAGGUAUGAAAGACCAGGUGGCAUUGCUGCACUGGGUCAGAGCUAAUAUUGAGAGUUUUGGUGGUAAUCCUCAUGAAGUUACGAUCGUUGGACAAAGCGCUGGAGCUGCCUCCGUGGGACUCUUAAUGAUUUCGAAGAUGGCGAGAGGUUUAUUUAAUAAAGUAAUACCAGAAAGCGGUGAAAUAAUUGCCCCGUUCAGUGUCCAACUGAACCCUAUUGAUAAUGCAAGAGAAUACGCAAAAUUGUUAAAUUUUGAUGAUGUAGAUGAUAUUUCUACAUUAGAAAGCUUUUAUAAAAAUGCCUCAUACGAACUUUUACAAUCUGUGGACAAUUUACAUAGAGCUGAUUUUACUGCGCCCGUCGCGCCGUGUGUAGAACGUGACAUCGGACAAGAAAGAUUUCUAGAAGAUUAUCCUCUUAGUAUAUUGAAAAAGGGUGAUUUUGUAAAAUUACCCAUAUUACCCGGUUUUACUGAUAUGGAAGGACUGUGCCAUGUACCAGUUUUCGAUCAAUGGAAGAACAAAAUGAAUAAUAAGUUUGAAGAUUUUCUUCCAGCCGAUUUGCAAUUUACAAGUGAAAAUGAAAAAUAUAAAGUCGCACAAAAUAUUAAAAAGUUUUAUUUCAACGAUAAGCCUGUAGAUGAAAAUACAAUUUUAAAUUAUAUUAAUUAUGGUACAGACGUAUCAUUCAUCUGUCCAACAUUAAGGACUAUAAAACUAUUGUUAGAAGCGGGUAACAACCAGGUAUACUUGUACGAGUACGCUCACACCGACAUCAGCACGCCGUUAAUACCGCACACAAAACGUAAGGGUGCAGAUCAUUGUGCACAGUCAUUAGUAAUUGCAGAUGGAAUUAAUAUAACUCAUAGCGAUGAAAAUGGUAUUUCAAAUGACUUGAAAAAAUGGAAAAACACGAUGAGAGAAAUAUGGCUCAAUUUUAUUACUAAAGGAAAACCAGAAAGCUCCGAUAUUCCUGAAUGGUUACCAGUGAGCGGCGACGGAAUCCCCUACAUGGUUUUGAAUCAAGAAUCCCAACUAAAAUAUGUGAUUAAAGAGCGGUGUGCUUUCUGGGAGGAGAUUUACAACCAACAUUAUCGGAACCCUGUUCCACCUACGCCACACCCAUCGCCAAUAAAAACUGAACUGUAGAAAUAGACGACUAGCACUAAAAAAGGUUUUACGUUAUAUACACAUAUGGUAAAUGUUUAUUCUAUACCGAUUAUAUAAUAAUUAGAAAAUAUGUUCCAUUAUUAUCACACUAGUUCCAAUUAUAUAAUAAAUAUGUAUUUUAUGGAUCUUAUCAUAUAUAAUCAGAAUCCCAUAGACAAUGAUGAAGUUAAUAAAUCAAUUGGGCAUAUAUUAAUAAUAUUACAUAAUUAAAAUACGAAAUUUAAAAUUGAAUCCGUUUAUUACACAUGAGUACCUCAAAGUACUUUAUUGUAAAUAAGUAAUUUGCCGUUUUAUAUUACCUACUUUCUAGUUAAUUCCUACAUUCACAAUUCUUUAACGACACAAUCGGCUGGUACCACUAUACCGCCUGUUAGCAUCGUAGGGCCAUGAGCGUCUCUGGCGGGAUCAAUUUUGCACUAACCUAUACUUAUUUUCUACGAAGAAGAACGACACUUCCCGCGGUUGCAGCGGAGUCCCGAGUGAAGAUGAACGGUUUUGUUCCUCUAACGACGUUAAUCGAGCUAGAAUGUGACGCAUUUGUUCUGUUAAGACUUUAUCAAAGUUUUUCUACGAAGAAGAACGACGUAACUAUGAAUAUGUACUUAAUAAUUAAUUUAAGAAUGAAAAUAGUUGUUACUAGUAUGUAGACUUAAUAAAACUCGAGUUUUUUCUAUGCCA